UGCGAAGGAAGCGGCGUCCCUGGUUGCCGGGAUGGCGGCGCGCGCGGGUGGCGCUGAGGGGCGGCUGCGCCAUCGGCCCUGACCGCGGAGCGUCCUGCUGGGGGCGGCCCCGGCCCCGGCCCCGGCCCCGGCCCCGGCCCCGGCCCCGGCGCGCUGAAUGGAGCCCGGCGGGAAGGGCCGAAACCUCCCCGGCGGCCGCCGGGACUUCGCGGCUCCCAGUGGCGCCUCCGCGGACAGAUCUUUAAAGUUUCAGUUUGAAUGCGAUUUAGAAGAAGAACGUCAUGCACUGAAAGAAGAUCAAAAAGUAUGUCGGCGGAGGGCACAAAAAUAUUUUGUAGAGACAAACAGAAGAAGGAAAGCCCUUGAAGAAAGAUGGAAGCAAGAAAAAGAAAAAGAACAAAGACUUAGAGAGCAAGUUCUGCAGCAAAGGAAAGUUAAACUUCAGGAAGCAACUGAAAAAUUCCAGCGUGCUCACGUCCCUGUUUUUCAGCACAAGAAAAUAGUCCAGACAAAAGCGUUUUUUCAGUUAGAAGAAGCUCUUGACCAAAUUAAAGGAUCAGUUUUAACACGAGGAUUUUGCUUGCCUAACAGAAACAAAACCAAGUUCAGAAACACAGAUGACACUUCAUCCUCAUCAGCAUCUAGAAACGGUUAUUUCCAUCAGAAGCAGAUUUCAGCAAUGGCUGGCUGUGAUAAAAUGAUACAGGAGAGCAGUAGAACAAACACGGAUUGUAACCAGCUUCUCUUCCAGAAAAAUCUGAAAGAAAUGCAACAACUCCUUGAAAAACAGCAUUUCAGCAACUUGGAGAAUUUUCAUCAAGAAGUCAAGAAAGUAGCCAGUUCUGAAAGCCUGUCAAGCCUCGACAGUCUUGAAGCUGGAGAACAAAAUGGAAAUUACGUAACGCCGAGUGAAUCAUCUUUGACUACACAGUGUGACUGUGCCCUGUAUAAUCCAGAAAAAUCACAGACUAGAAAUAGCGGUUUAUUUUAUACAGCUGAAAAUACUUCUUCUAAAAAUAGGCAUCUAAAUAAUUGUCUGAGAAAUGUAGAGUCCCAAAACAACCAGAACAACUUACCUAUUCAUGACCCUACAGCUAAAUAUAAUGUUCUAACUCCUGCUGAACAUACAGACAACUCAGAAGAGGAAUCAUCUGUUUUUUGCAGGUCUCAACAACAACCUACAGAGGUCUCUACCUCUGAUAAGCAAGAAAGCCCUAUAAAUAAUCCAUUUACUUUUCUGAAAAAUAUAAAAGAAAAAAACAAUCUGUCUUUUGAAAGGGCAAGCACAUUAUCCACUGGUGAUCCUGUAUUCAAACUCAGCAAAGCCUGGGCCAUUUCAGGGGAAAGAGUUCAGGAUUUGAUAGAAGAUCACAGUUCUGAAAUGACCCCACAGAGAAGAACCAUAUCUGUACAAACCUCCUAUCAACCUAUUGCAACAUCUGUAAUCUUAUUUCCUAAUCAGAGGUGUUCCACUGACAUUCCCACCACUUCUUGCUCAGCUCACAUUUCACAAAAGGACAAAAACAUCAGUACAGUUUUCUUAAAAAAUACUUUAGGCAAAAUAACAGAAACCAAAGAAGAAAAUACGAAAUGUAUUGAUAACAUUAAUCCUGGAUUAUCUGUAUUUCAAGACAUACAAAAUGCUUCCAUUCUGUGCAAUGUUAAGCAAGCAAAGAAUAAAGAAGAAAAGGGAAAUACAAUUAAAACUGUGUCUCUGUUGUCUGAUACAGAGUUCAAUUCUGACAUUCCUGCACAGCACAAAAACCUGGAAAACAAUAUUCAUGAGAGAAAAGAAGCAGAGUUAUUCAAAAGUAUCUUAAAGAAAGAAUCUAAAUAUGAACAUAGUAAUUUCAAAGCAUUAGAUAUGAACCGCAGGAUCCGUUUUGGAACUCAACCUGUGUCUUCUCUCAGAGACAGUUUGGAACUGGCAAAAAUAAAAAAGAAGAAUGCAGAAAAUGAAAAAAUCAAUCAAAACCUAGGAUGGUUUGAUCAAACUCACCACGUAAUAAUAGAAAAUAAAGAAAAAUGUAGUGAAGAGAACACCAGGGAAAUAUCGUCUGCACAGCUGCAAUGUGUUCAAACUACAGGGAAUGCUCCUAAGACUAAUUUAAGUAUUGCUGCUCCCACUUCAAAUUCAGUGUGCACAAAAGAUCAUCAGGAAUAUUCUCAGAUACCAAAACCAAGUGUUAAUGCCGGAGAAUCAGACAAAGCAUGUAUAUCUCUGAAUACUUUCAUGUCUACCGGAUCCUACUUUGCUAAACAAGCUUGGAUGGUAUCAAAAGGUGAAGAAAUUAACUCCCCAGUAAGUAUUAGCAAUUCUAAAAUUCAUGAAGGUAAUCAACACAAAAAUAAGGCAAAGGUAACUAGACGACCAAGAGCCCAUUCAAGUUUUAUGCCCAAGAAUAGAAUAGGCACUAUAAUCCGUCCACAGUCUGCUACUGAAGCCAACAAAAUUUUAAAAGCUCGAGAGAAAAUUUUAGCACCUCUCCCACCGUCUACACCUAUGCCACGAAACAGAGCUGUCGAAAAUGUAGCCAGUCCUGGGUGUCAACCACUGCAUUCUUCAAAUCUUCAAACUACCAAUACUAACGGUAACCAUUUAAAUGAAAGGCAUGUUUUGUUAGAAGAUCAGGUUUUAAAUAGAAACAUUACAGAAAAUAGUAAGAGUUUUGCUUGUACUUCUGACUUGGCCACUGUGAUGUUAUCUACACCUUGCUCUAGCAAGUCCAAAUACAAACCUUUGACAAAAAAUAUUUGUUCUGUAAAUAGCGUUCAGGCAAGUGCCUGUCAAGACUGUUCAGUAGUAACCUGCACUAAAAGAAGACCUAUUAAUGCAGAAAAUGGUUUACAUCUAGAUCAUAUCCCAAGAGAUGAAAAAACAAGCACCUCAUGGCAAGGAGUGCAUAAUGCCAUAGCUCAGAAAGAGCGAGCUACCGGUAUUGUUCCUGUUGCAAGACAAGAACAGGUUUUUGACAGCUGUGAAAAUAAACACGGAGCUUUUUUGGAACGAAGAAGACAAAUUGUAGCCUCUAGAAGAUGGAGGCCCACUCAUUAUACACAGAAUUCAAUAUAUUCUGUCCAGCUGAGUCCUGUUCCAUCUGCAUUUGAGCCAGUACAAAAUAUGAAUAACACCUAUGAAUCUGAUGAAGUUUCAGAGAGCACUGUUCAGUUUCUUAUGGCAGAAAAACUAGCUGGUACAUCAUGUGCAGAAGAUGAAAUCCUGGCAGCUAUGGAAAGCAUGCAACCAGCCAAACAACCCUUGCCUCUUAACAAGGCUCAGUGUCUAGGCGUGAGUGCGCUUUCAAUAGAAGAACAGAAGAUUUUCCAGUCUCUUGAUCACCUCGAUCAAAGGCUACAAAAUGUACAAGAAGCCAUUACCAGAAACAUAUCUACUUCAAGUGUUUUACAGAUAAUCACCCCUUUGAACAUACCUGCCCCUUUUGUGAACAGUACAGUACACUCACAGCAGAAUCAGAGUGCAUCUGCUAUCAGUCGAUUGCAAUUGCAGAGGAGAUCCUGACAUCGUCAUAAAAAAGCUGCUCCAGGGAAUUGCAGCCUUAUGUACUUUGUAUGUAAAGUAUAUAUUAUUUGACACUAUAAAACGAGCAGCAAAAUAAAGAUGAAAGCGGUAACUCAAAUAAUGAAUGUUAGUGACUGGAAAACAAUUUUAACAUAAUUCUACUUUAUUAUGUACUUUAUUGUAAAAUACUGUAUAUUAAAAUAAUAAAAAUAUCUCACAUUUUUAGUGCUUAUGUUGGUGGUGUAACUUUCCUGUAUCUGUAAUGAAAGUGAAAUGAAAAAAAUUAUUUUGGUACUUAAAUUAUGUUUAAACUAAUAUCCUAACUUCCUGGGGUUUUUUUAAGAUUUGCUAAUAAAUUCUAUAACAUUUGUAAAAGAUA